UGUCACGUGAUCUCCCCCCGUGCCAACAUGGCGGCGCCCAGGACUUAAUCCGGGAAACGUGCAUCCAGAUUAAUUCGGUUCUCCCGGAGGUGCCGCGAGAGAAGGCUUAGCGGGCAGAGGCGCCGCGGAUGUCCCGUACAAGGAUCGUUCUGUGGCUAAGCCUGACUCUCCGCUCCGCCCGAAUUCUCUGUAGAGCCCAGUUUAUGGACGGGCAGCCCCAAACGCCGCCCGGCUCAGCCGCGAUGGAGAACGGCACCGGGCCCUGCGGAGAAGAGCGCCCACCUGAAGCUCAGGAGACGAUGGUCACCGAGGGGACAGCCAAGAUCGCCUUCCCCAGCGCCAACGAAGUCUUCUACAAUCCAGUGCAGGAGUUCAACCGGGACCUGACGUGUGCUGUGAUCACCGAGUUUGCUCGCAUUCAGCUUGGGGCUAAAGGAAUCCAGAUCAAGGUGCCAGGUGAGAAGGACAUGCAAAAGGUGGUCGUGGACUUGUCGGAGCAAGAGGAGGACAAGGCUGAGCUGAAAGAGGGUGCAAAGCUGGCCCCAGGAGACCACCCUCGAACAGCUGCUGUGGGGGAGAUCUGUGAGGAAGGCCUUCGAAUCCUGGAGGGCCUGGCAGCCUCGGGCCUCCGUUCCAUUCGCUUUGCCCGAGAGGUCCCUGGGCUCCGAUGCGUGGUUGCCAACGAUGCCUCUGCCCGAGCCGUGGAUCUCAUGCACCGCAAUGUGCAGCUCAACGAUGUGGCCCACCUGGUGCAGCCCAGCCAGGCAGACGCCCGGAUGCUGAUGUACCAGCACCAGAGGGUGUCGGAUCGGUUCGAUGUCAUUGACCUGGACCCCUAUGGCAGCCCUGCCCCCUUCCUGGAUUCGGCUGUGCAGGCUGUGAGUGAAGGAGGGCUGCUGUGCGUGACCUGCACGGACAUGGCCGUGCUGGCGGGGAACAGUGGGGAAACGUGCUACAGCAAGUACGGGGCCAUGGCCGUCAAGAGCCGGGCCUGCCACGAGAUGGCCCUGAGGAUCGUCCUGCACAGCCUGGACCUCCGAGCCAACUGCUACCAGCGUUUUGUGGUGCCGGUGCUCAGCGUCAGCGCUGACUUCUACGUGCGUGUGUUUGUCCGUGUCUUCACUGGCCAGGCCAAGGUCAAGGCCUCAGCCAGCAAGCAGGCGCUGGUAUUCCAGUGUGUGGGCUGCGGGGCCUUCCACCUCCAGCACCUCAGCAAAGCGUCAGGAGCCCCUGGCGGCCGGGUCAAGUUCUCUGCAGCCUGUGGGCCCCCCGUGGGCCCUGAGUGUGAGCACUGCGGGCAGCGGCAUCAGCUCAGCGGCCCGCUGUGGGCAGAGCCCAUUCACGACCUGGACUUCGUGGGCCGUGUCCUGGCAGCAGUGAGCGCCAGCCCUGGCCGCUUCCGCACUUCGGAGCGCAUCCGCGGGGUCCUGAGCGUUAUCACCGAGGAGCUCCCGGACGUGCCUCUCUACUACACGCUGGACCAGCUGAGCAGCACCAUCCACUGCAACACGCCCAGCCUGCUGCAGCUGCGGUCGGCCCUCCUCCACGCUGGCUUCCGGGUCUCGCUCUCUCAUGCCUGUAAGAACGCCGUGAAGACAGACGCCCCCUCCUCGGCCAUCUGGGACAUCAUGCGCUGCUGGGAGAAGGAGAAUCCGGUGAAACGAGAGCGGCUGUCGGAGACCAGCCCGGCAUUCCGCAUUCUCGGUGUGGAGCCCAGGCUGCAGGCCAACUUCACCAUCCGGGAUGAUGCCAACCCCAGCUCUCGCCAGCGAGGACUCAGGCGCUUCCAGGCCAACCCUGAGGCCAACUGGGGCCCCCGGCCCCGUGCCCGGCCAGGGGGCAAGGCGGCAGGCAAAGCUAUGGAGGAGAGACGCAAGCUGUUCCAGAAUAAGCGAAAGGAGCUGGCUGAGGACCCGGACCAGCGGGCUGCCCGGCUCAAGACAUUUCCUUGCAAGCGGUUCAGGGAGGGCACCUGUGAACGGGGGGACCAGUGCUGCUACUCCCACAGCACCCUGACACCCAAGGCUACCGCUGAAGCCGCCCCCACCGACUGUCCACAGACCCCCAACCAGAGCCCCCCUGGGCCUGGGGCCGCCGCUGGUCCAGGCGUGGACUGAACCAAUAAAGUGAUGUCACCUUC